AACAAUGGCUGCAAAAGGCGGAUCGAGAGGAUUCUAUUUUGACACUGUGUUAUCUUUAGCUCGAUCGUUGGCUGCGCAUCGACCAGCUCCGAUUGAUAAGGUCCAGAAAUUACAAUGCAUGUGUCCAGUGGAUUUCCGGGGCGUCUUUCAGCUGGAUGAGAGGAGAAGAGAUGCUGUGAUUGCACUUGGUAUCUUCUUAGUGGAGUCUGAGCUGCAGCACAAAGAUACAAUUGUUCCAUACUUGCUGGGAUUGUUAAAGGGACUGCCAAGAGUACAAUGGAUUGAAGAAAGUUCCGAGAGGAAGGGGAAAGAAACUCUCCCCAUUGCUGAGAACUUCUGCUUUUGCUUGGUGACUAUGCUCUCUGAUGUCGCUCAGAGGGAUGAGUCCUUGCGGAUUCAGAUUUUGGAGGCUGUGAUGGACCUUAUGCAGGUUCUUCUUGAACUGUGUCGGAAUCCUGAAGACCAAGACAAAGAGUACCUGUGUAGAUACACUUUGCCAUGCUUGCUCGGUGUGGUGCGAGCAUCUGGGCGCUACAGCAUCACAGAUGAGCCGCUGCUAUCCAAGCUGUUCCCACGGACAUUGGCUCAGCCUGUGGCCGCCACAGAGGAGACAGAGUCAGUACGGCGCCGCUCGUUCAACGACUUCCGCUCUAUCCUGCCCAGUUCUCUGCUGACCGUCUGUCAAGGUGACACGCUGCGCCGCAAAACUAGCAGCGUCUCCAGCAUUUCCCAGCAGGCCAGUCCAGAGCGUGCAGCCUUGCCUCCAAGUUCUCCUGCUGACCCAUCUGCUCCUUACUUUGAAGCUGGAUCAUACCUCCCUGAUGGUAGUGCUGUGGACCCGGACUACUACUUCUCCACUAUCAGCUCCAGCUUCUCUGUCUCACCUCUCUUCACUGGCAGCAGCACUAAGUGUUUCGACAUGCCUUUGGACAUGCUGAGACACCUUCUUCAGAUGGUCGAGCAGUUUGUCGCUGAGACGUUUUUGAAGAAGUUGGAUCAAACCAUGUUGGAUGUUUUGGAAGGCAAUCCAGGUCUUAAUCUCUUCUACAAAACCUUCAGUGACCCUCUGUAUGUGGCCAUAUUUAAAAUGUUGAGAGACACUAUGUACUAUACGAAAGAUCUGCAGACGUCUUUUGUUAAGGAGGUCCACGACUUUGUGCUGGAACAGUUCAGCAGUAGCCAGUCAGAGCUGCAGCGCAUCCUGCAUGAUGUGGAGUGUCUGCACAGCGAGCUGAACCCACUGAAACUGCGUUGCCAGGCUAAUGCUGCCUGUGUGGACCUUAUGGUGUGGGCCGUCACAGAGGAACAGGGUGCGGAGAAUCUUUGCACCAAGCUGUCUGAGAAGCUGCAGUCCAAGACGUCCAGUAAGAUCAUCAUUGCUCACAUGCCGCUGCUCAUCUGCUGCCUGCAGGGUCUUGGUAGGCUGUGUGAGCGUUUUCCAGUGGUGGCCCACUCAGUCACCAUGUCACUGAGAGACUUCCUGGUGGUGCCCUCGCCUGUUCUGGUCAAGCUCUACAAAUACCAUAGCCAGUAUGCCAGUGGAACCGGAGAUAUAAAGAUUCAUGUGACCAAUGAGCAUUCUCAGUCUACCUUCAGUGCUCUUGCCAGUAAGAAAAGUCAGCCGUCCAUGUAUGAACAGCUCAGAGACAUCUCCAUAGACAACAUCUGCAGGUGCCUGAAAGCUGGUCUCACUAUGGACUCUGUAAUAGUGGAGGCGUUCCUUGCCAGUCUCUCCAACCGUCUCUACAUCUCACAGGAAAACGACAAGGAUGCUCACCUUAUUCCAGACCAUACCAUUCGGGCACUGGGGCACAUCGCAGUUGCUCUAAGGGAUACACCAAAGGUCAUGGAACCCAUUCUGCAGAUUCUACAGCAGAAGUUCUGCCAGCCACCCUCACAGCUUGAUGUCCUAAUCAUUGACCAGCUGGGUUGCAUGAUCAUCACUGGAAAUCAAUACAUAUACCAAGAGGUCUGGAACCUGUUUCAGCAAAUAAGUGUGAAAGCCAGCUCAAUGGUGUAUUCUACCAAAGACUACAAAGAUCAUGGAUACAGACAUUGCUCACUGGCUGUGAUCAACGCCCUGGCCAACAUUGCGGCUAACUUGCAGGCGGAGCAGAUGGUGGACGAGUUACUUGUGAACCUGUUGGAGCUGUUUGUGCAGCUGGGCCUCGAGGGCAAACGUGCCAGUGAGCGAGCAAGUGAGAAAGGUCCAGCACUUAAGGCCUCAAGCAGUGCUGGCAAUCUAGGAGUGCUUAUUCCUGUUAUUGCUGUGCUAGCCAAACGUUUGCCACCAAUAAAAGAGGCUAAACCGAGGCUGCAGAAGCUUUUCCGAGACUUCUGGCUUUAUUCAGUAGUCAUGGGCUUUGCUGUAGAGGGCUCAGGUUUAUGGCCAGAGGAGUGGUAUGAAGGUGUUUGCGAAAUUGCUACCAAGUCCCCCCUGCUGACGUUUCCCAGUGGAGAGCCCCUACGCUUUGAAUUGCAGUAUAACUCGGCUCUGAAGAAUGACACAGUUACUCCAGCCGAGUUAAAUGACUUGAGAAGCACCAUUAUUAACUUGCUGGAUCCUCCACCUGAAGUAGCAGCGCUCAUCAAUAAGCUGGACUUUGCUAUGUCUACCUACCUGCUGUCAGUCUACCGGCUGGAAUAUAUGAGGAUGUUGCGCGCUCUGGAUUCAGAUCGCUUCCAGGUGAUGUUCCGUUAUUUUGAGGACCGAGCCAUACAGAAAGACAAGUCAGGGAUGAUGCAGUGUGUCAUUGCAGUGAGUGACAAGGUUUUUGAGGUCUUCCUUCAAAUGAUGGCAGACAAGCCCAAGACAAAGGCUCAUGAAGAGGAGCUGGAGCGGCAUGCUCAGUUUCUGCUGAUCAAUUUCAACCACAUUCACAAAAGGAUCAGGCGGGUUGCUGACAAAUACCUGUCAGGCCUGGCUGAAACCUUCCCUCACUUGUUGUGGAGUGGCCGUGUGUUGAAGACCAUGCUGGACAUUUUGCAGACCCUGUCUCUCUCCCUCAGCGCUGACAUUCACAAAGAUCAGCCAUAUUAUAACAUCCCAGAUACUCCCUAUUUUGUCACUGUUCCUGAUACUCACGAAGCCAGAGAGAGCAUUGUAAAAGACUUUGCUGCCCGCUGUGGUGAGAUCAUGAAGGAGGCUAUGAAAUGGGCGCCAUCAGUCACCAAAUCCCAUCUACAGGAGUACCUGAACAAGCACCAGAACUGGAUAUCGGGUCUGUCUCAGCACACAGGCCUCGCUAUGGCAACGGAGAGCAUCCUGCAUUUCGCUGGCUUCAACAGACCGAGCAUGGCUCUGGGAACCACUCAGCUCACAGAACGCCCGGCGUGUGUUAAGAAAGAUUACUCCAACUUUAUGGCCUCACUGAACCUGAGGAAUCGAUAUGCUGGAGAGGUAGCAGGAAUGAUCAACUUUUCGGAGGCCACGCACAGCACCUCUGACCUGAAUAAGUUAAUGAUCCAGCAGCUGAAUGAGGCUUUGGAAGGGGGGCAACCACAAGCGUUUACAGAGGCCAUGUUCAAACUGGCAGCACUUCUCAUCAGUUCCAAAGACUGUGACCCACAGCUUCUGCAUCACCUGUGCUGGUCCCCACUAAAGAUGUUUACUGAGAAUGGCAUGGAGACAGCUAUAGCCUGCUGGGAAUGGCUUCUGGCAGCUCGGACUGGAGUGGAGGUCCCGUUCAUGCGGGAGAUGGCAGGCGCUUGGCAGAUGACUGUGGAGUUAAAGAUGGGGCUGUUUUCAGAUUCUCAAGUAGAAGCUGAUCCACUGGCUGCGUCUGAGGAGAGUCAACCAAUGCCAUGCCCACCUGACGUCAUCCCCCACUACAUCUGGAUUGAGUUCCUUGUCCAGCGCUUUGAGAUCGCAAAGUACUGUAGUGCUGAUCAGGUGGAGAUUUUCAGCAGCUUGAUGCAGAGGUCGCUCUCCCUCACCGUGGGCGGCUCAAAAAGCAACAUGAACCGGCAUGUAGCAGCCAUCGGACCCCGCUUCAGGUUGCUGACACUUGGCCUGUCUCUGCUUCAUUCUGAUGUAGUUAGCAAUGCCACUAUCCGCAAUGUGCUCAGAGAAAAGAUCUACUCCACUGCUUUUGAUUACUUUAGUGUGGCGUCCAAGUUCCCCACUCAGGCGGACAAGCGUCUGCGGGAGGACAUCAGCGUCAUGAUCAAGUUCUACGCGAGCAUCCUCUCGGAUAAGAAGUACCUAGCUGCUAACCAGCUCGUGCCACCUGGUGAGCCUGGAGCCAAUCCUCCGCAAAGCUCCUUAUCCGCCGGGAUUUUCGGAUCGCUAAUUGUUUCCAGCACCUCUCCGAUAUCGAUCUUAAACAACCAGGAUGCGUCGCUGAACAGCCUGUCUGUAAUGACUGCAACUGACCCCAGGAACACCAUGGACACCAUGUCAGUGGGUACCAGGCAGCAGAGCACACAAGGCUGGAUCAACACCUACCCACUGUCCAGUGGAAUGUCCACCACUUCCAAGAAAUCAGGAAUGUCAAAGAAGAGCAACAGAGGCACUCAACUCCACAAGUACUACAUGAAGCGCAGAACCCUCCUUUUAGCUUUACUGGCAAGUGAAAUUGAGCGGCUGACCACCUGGUACAACCCACUGUCUGUCCAGGAGCUGUCCAUCUCUACUGAGCAAUCAGUAGAGACCAGCAUAAACAACUGGAGAUCCAAGUACAUCAGUCUGACUGAAAAGCAGUGGAAGGACAAUGUCAACCUGGCCUGGAGCAUUUCUCCCUAUUUUGCAUUGCAGUUACCAGCCAGGUUUAAAAACACAGAUGCCAUUGUGGCCGAAGUGACCAGGCUGGUUCGGCUAGACCCAGGUGCAGUCAGUGACGUUCCAGAGGCAGUCAAGUUCCUUGUGACCUGGCACACUAUUGACGCCGACUCACCUGAAUUGAGCCACAUCCUUUGCUGGGCACCUGCUGACCCCCCCACGGGCCUGUCCUAUUUCUCCAGCAUGUAUCCUCCUCAUCCACUUACCGCCCAGUAUGGGGUCAAAGUGCUACGCUCUUUUCCUCCAGACGCAAUUCUGUUCUACAUUCCUCAAAUUGUGCAAGCGCUCCGGUAUGACAAGAUGGGCUAUGUGCGUGAAUACAUUCUGUGGGCUGCACAGAAGUCCCAGCUCCUUGCACACCAGUUUAUCUGGAAUAUGAAGACUAACAUCUACCUGGAUGAAGAGGCGCACCAGAAAGAUCCGGAUAUUGGCGAGCUGCUAGAGCAGAUGAUGGAGGAAAUCAUAGGCUCUCUGUCCGGCCCAGCCAAAGAUUUCUACCAGCGCGAGUUUGACUUCUUCAACAAGAUCACUAAUGUCUCUGCCAUCAUAAAGCCGGUUCCAAAAGGAGAGGAAAGAAAAAGGGCUUGUCUGAAAGCCUUGUCUGAAAUCACAGUUCAGCCAGGCUGCUACUUACCAAGCAAUCCUGAAGCCAUUGUUCUAGAUAUUGACUACAAGUCAGGAACUCCUAUGCAGAGUGCUGCCAAGGCUCCUUAUCUGGCAAGAUUCAAAGUUAAGCGGUGUGGAGUGAGUGAACUUGAGAAAGAAGGUCUGCGAUGCCCCUCUGAUUCUUUAGAAGAUGGUGACGAAGACUCAGAGAAGGUGUGCUGGCAGGCAGCCAUCUUUAAAGUAGGGGAUGACUGCAGACAGGACAUGUUGGCGCUGCAGAUCAUCGGGCUCUUUAAGAACAUUUUCCAGCUGGUGGGACUGGACCUGUUUGUGUUCCCCUACAGAGUGGUUGCCACAGCACCUGGGUGUGGUGUAAUUGAGUGCAUCCCAAACUGUAAGUCUCGGGAUCAGCUGGGCAGGCUGACCGACUUUGGCAUGUACGACUACUUCAGGAACCGGUACGGUGAUGAGUCCACUCUGCACUUCCAGCAGGCCAGGUAUAAUUUCAUCCGCAGCAUGGCUGCCUACAGCCUGCUCCUCUUCCUGCUGCAAAUUAAAGACAGGCACAACGGCAACAUCAUGCUGGAUAGCAAAGGCCACCUGAUCCACAUUGACUUUGGUUUCAUGUUCGAGAGUUCUCCAGGAGGGAACCUGGGCUGGGAACCAGACAUCAAGCUGACUGAUGAAAUGGUGAUGAUCAUGGGAGGCAAAAUGGAGGCCACUCCAUUUAAGUGGUUCAUGGAGAUGUGUGUGCGUGGAUAUCUUGCAGUAAGGCCCUAUAUGGAUGCUGUAGUGUCUUUGGUGACCUUGAUGCUGGACACUGGCCUUCCAUGCUUCAGAGGACAGACCAUAAAACUGCUCAAGCAAAGGUUUAAUCCCAACAUGAGUGAAAAAGAGGCUGCAGCAUUUAUGAUCAAAGUCAUCGAGCGCUGCUUCCUCAGCAGCAGGAGCAAAACCUAUGACAUGCUACAGUAUUACCAGAACCAGAUCCCAUACUAAUGGCAUGACACCUGGUCCUCUUUUGCUUCCCUAGUACCUGUUUCUGUGACCCCCAUGGCUAUAUCAGAUACUGUCUAUCUGUGAGGACAAGCACUUUAUUUAAUCCUAGUCCAAGUCACAGUGAAAAUCAUUGUAAAAUGCAGCUGUUUUUUUUUUUCCUGGACCUGAAAUUUUGUCAUUUGCUGUACAAAAUGCUGUAUGUGUAAUUUUAUCUCUUUUUAAAGUGUACACUGUAAUAGUGCACUCAGUCUUAAUAUAGCUUUUCCUUUUAUUUUAGUUAUCAUUCCAUUUUAAAUGUGUAUUGCUACAUUCUGAACUGUACUUGGAAAUUUAGGACUGUAUUUUUAUCAGCAUCUUGAUGACCUGAGCAUCAGAUUCAUGUAUUUCUUAAUGCACUCCUAUAAUGUGCCCUGGAAGUGCAUUAUUAGGUCAAAAUUGGUUCUAAAGACAGGAGCAUUUUUGCAUGUUGGUACUUUCCCAAAAUGGUCAAAAGUAUAUAGACACACCAUUAAUUAAAGUGCAUACCAGUCAUUUGUGGAACAAGCAAGUUCCAUAAACAUUUGAAAUUUUUCUUUUCUUGGUUGCAGCACGUUCUUCCAAGUCAGCACAAGAACUGCAUCUGGGGGAGCUUUGUAGAUUGGGUUCCUAUUACUAUAUCCCAAGACUGUGAUUCAGUGACCAGGAUCAGCAGAUAUAUAGUGUAAAACACACCACUAUUUUACCCUGGUUUAAAAAAAACAAAAUAUUGUAAGCUUAUGUUACACUGUCCACUGUUCACCGAUCAGACAUAACAUUAUGACCACCUCCUUGUUUCUACACUCACUGUCCAUCUUAUCAGCUCCACUGUAGUCCAUCAGUUUCUCUUCAUACUUAUUUUACCCUGCUUUCACCCUGUUCUUCAAUGGUCAGGACCACCACAGAGUAGGUAUUAUUUAGGUGGUGGAUCAUUUUCAGCACUGCAGUGACACCGACAUGGUGGUGUUAAUGUGUGUCUGCUGGAGUUUUUAAAUACCAUGUCCACUCACUGUCCACUCUAUUAGACACUCCUACCUAGUUGGUCCACCUUGUAGAUGUAAAGUCAGAGACGAUCGCUCAUCUAUUGCUGCUGUUUGAGUUGAUCAUCUUCAAGACCUUCAUCAGUGGUCACAGGACGCUGCCCACGGGGCGCUGUUGGCCAGAUAUUUUUGGUUGGUGGACUAUUCUCAGUCCAACAGUGGCAGUGAGGUGUUUAAAAACUCCAGCAGCGCUGCUGUGUCUGAUCCACUCAUACCAGCACAACACACACUAACACACAAUCACCAUGUCAGUGUCACUGCAGUGCUAAGAAUGAUCCACCACCUAAAUAAUACCUGCUCUGUAGUGGUCCUGGGAGAGUAUUGAUCAUUGAAGAACAGCAUGAAAGGGUAGCCCCCUUUUCAUGUAGAGAAACAGAUGGACAACAGUCAGUAAUUGUUGAACUACAAAGUGCUGCUAUAUGGUAAGUGGAGCUACUAAAGUGGACAGUAAGUGUAGAAACAAGGAGGUGGUCAUAAUGUUAUGGCAAACUUCCUAAGUUUCAGCUCAGCUUGUUGCAGAUCUUGGCCUGCAGAUCUUAAAUGAUCAAAUUAAAUAUAUUGAAGUCUUAUUUCAGGAAAUGUAUUUAUAUCAGUGUUGAUUGGAAUUGAUUAUUAGUAUGUGUUGAAUCAUUUGACAUUAUAAAGAGAAUCAUUGUAGUAUACAAGAGCUUGCUGAAGCUUAUUUCAUGUAUGUAUAUAUUAUGUAAUAGUAUAUGUGGUAUAAUUUGUGGGAUAAUUAAAUGAUCUAGAUGAUGACUGA